GGGGCCGAGCGGCAGAGGGGCCCGGGGCUGCGUGGAAGGCCCGGGGGCUUCAGCCCGUGCCGGGGAAGCCGACGCUCAGCCAACCAGAAAGUUAGAGGCGGCCGAGGUCUCGCGGAGUGGAGGCGCCUGGCGGCCACGGGAGAAGUCAGAAGGGCUCAGGCGUGGCUCCAUCCGCGACACUGGGAGCCCGGGCGGGCGCGCACGUGUGUAUACGAGUGCGUGGGCCCAUCCGGCGGCCCGGACUACAAGUUCCAGGGUGCCCAGCGGCGCUCCCGGGUUUUCUGGCCGCGCCUCCCGCUGGCUCCGAGCAGGUCGCCGCUGGCUGGCAGUCGCCACCCGGUCCCAGAGUAAAUAAGGGAGAGACACUCCCGAGCGCCGUAAAUAGAGUCCAAGUGGGCGGAGAGCCGUCCCGCGCCGCCCGCUCAUGUCUCUGCAGAGCCGACUGUCCGGCCGCCUGGCACAGCUGCGCGCGGCGGGGCAGCUGCUGGUCCCCCCGCGCCCCCGGCCCGGACACUUGGCGGGUGCCACGAGGACCCGCAGCAGCACGUGCGGUCCCCCGGCGUUCCUGGGCGUGUUCGGCCGCCGUGCGCGGACCUCGGCGGGAGUUGGGGCGUGGGGGGCGGCGGCGGUGGGGCGGACAGCCGGGGUGCGCACUUGGGCCCCCCUGGCCAUGGCGGCGAAGGUGGACCUGAGCACCUCCACCGACUGGAAGGAGGCGAAAUCCUUUCUGAAGGGCCUGAGUGACAAGCAGCGGGAGGAACAUUACUUCUGCAAGGACUUUGUCAGGCUGAAGAAGAUCCCGACAUGGAAGGAGAUGGCGAAAGGGGUGGCUGUGAAAGUGGAGGAGCCCAGGUAUAAAAAGGACAAGCAGCUCAAUGAGAAAAUCUCCCUGCUCCGCAGCGACAUCACCAAGCUGGAGGUGGACGCCAUCGUCAACGCCGCCAACAGCUCCCUGCUCGGAGGCGGUGGCGUGGACGGCUGCAUUCAUCGGGCCGCCGGCCCCCUGCUUACCGACGAGUGCCGGACCCUGCAGAGCUGUGAGACUGGCAAGGCCAAGAUCACCGGCGGCUAUCGGCUCCCGGCCAAGUACGUCAUCCACACAGUGGGGCCCAUCGCCUACGGGGAGCCCAGCGCCAGCCAGGCUGCCGAGCUCCGCAGCUGCUACCUGAGCAGUCUGGACCUGCUGCUGGAGCACCGGCUCCGCUCGGUGGCGUUCCCCUGCAUCUCCACCGGCGUGUUUGGCUACCCCUGUGAGGCGGCCGCCGAGAUCGUGCUGGCCACGCUGCGAGAGUGGCUGGAGCAGCACAAGGACAAGGUGGACCGGCUGAUCAUCUGCGUGUUCCUCGAGAAGGACGAGGACAUCUACCGGAGCCGGCUCCCCCACUACUUCCCCGUGGACCCGCCUUCGGGACCCCGCUCCCAGCUCUGAGAGGUCGCCAAAGCCUGCAGCCUGGCCUGGGCCUGGCCACCCCUUCUUUCCCUCCGCGCCCCGCCCCCGAGGAACCUAAUUAAUAAAGAUCACGUUGUGGCAGCUC